CAAUGGCACAGCGUGAAUCGAAGUCGACAAUCACGGCUUGAUGACUCAUAUCCCUCGCCUUCGACCCCGUGCAGAUCCUGUGUUAUGAUGCAAUAUGCAAGUCUUCAUUUCCUCCGAUGCAAGAGACGACUGUGCCUUGGAACGGAUAAUACCCGGAAGCCUGCGGCCUGGAAGCGAGGCAGAUGUGGCAAUACCAACCUCUUCAUUGGCGUGGGGAUUAGAUCCGGAACGCGAUUGCAUGAGCAGCCCAUGCUUGCAGAUGGACUAUCGUGGUAUGAAGGCAGAUGCGAGGGCUGGAUCGCAAAGUGAGUUUGAACCGGGGACGCAUCGAAGUCAGUGGCAAGGCAAGGGAGAAGACCGGUACUUUUGCCGACUACAACGCCCAGAACCUUUCCGUUCUUUCGAAAGUGAGCAGCCUAUCGCUGUUUGAGAUUAUCCCAGCCGGACCAAUAGCAUUGCUCUGUACACUGUUCAGGCAGGAAGCAACUGACGGUUUUGCCAUGCUAUUCAAAGUCCAAAGUUUACUCUAUAGCUGGGUAUAUCGGCUCCACUGGCCAAUACGGCCACUCAAAAUUAUGACUGUGUUUGGCUCAGACUGUUGAAGGUGAACAACU